CAUCAUGUUUUGAUCAUCCUUUUUUUAUUCUUCUUCACUGAGGAGAGAAUUUCUGGAUCUGGCAUAAGUAUGCUAUUCAUUCAAAAAGCUAGCUAAUCAGAAAACUUUAAAUUUGAGUCACCCUACUAUUUUUAUUUUCUUUUAUAAAAUAUGGAACUGUAAAAUUCAUUAGAGAAACGAAAUAUUUAAUUGAUUAAUUUUGCUAAUUAGAAAAUAUUGUGAAAAAAUACUUUAAUGGGGUUUGUUUUUUGAGGAGUUGCAGGGAAAUUGCUUGAAAGAGACACAUGAUGAAAGAUUCUCGCCAUGGUGGGCCCCCCUUAUAAUGCGUGACGGAGUCAACAUGUAAAGUGUUGUUGAGUGCAAUCAUAUUUUGAUCAUCUUCCUUUUAUCCAUCUUCACUGGGGAGAGAGUUUCUGGAUCUGGCAUGCGAGUUAUAUUGCAAACAUGGCUUCUUCUUCUUCUUCUUCUUCUCUUUCUUCGGUAGUCUCCCUUCAAGAAAAAUACGAUGUGUUUCUCAGUUUCAGAGGCGAGGACACCCGCAAAGGAUUUGCUAGCUAUCUCUAUGCAGCUUUAUCUGCAAAGCAGAUCUUAACUUUCAUGGAUGAUCGUGAACUUGAGAGAGGCGAUGAAAUUUCACCCACGCUUCGCAAAGCUAUCGAGGAGUCCAAGAUUUCGGUGAUCAUUUUCUCGGAAAACUAUGCUACAUCUACAUGGUGUUUGAAUGAGCUGGUGCAAAUACUUGAAUGCAAAAAAACGAGAGGGCAGGCUGUUAUGCCGAUCUUUUACGGUAUAGAUCCAUCAGUUGUACGAAAACAGAAUGGGAGUUAUGGAGUUGCAUUUGCUCAACUUGAAAACCGUUACAGAAUGGAGAAGGUGAAUCAAUGGAGAGCUGCUUUACCUAAAGCGUCCAAUCUAUGUGGGUUGGAUUCAAAGGAUUUCAGUCCUGAAACCAAAUUAGUUCAAAGAAUUGUUGAAGAUAUCUCAUUGAAGUUGCCUAAAUAUCUAUCUCUAAAUCAUCAUAUCAAGGGGCAUCUUGUUGGAAUUGAAAGAAAAAUCAAGAAGAUUGAAUCAUUACUAUCCAUUGGCUCAAAAGAUGUUCGCAUUAUUGGUAUUUGGGGCAUGGGAGGUAUUGGAAAAACCACCCUUGCUAGUGCUGUAUUUCAAAAAUUAUCAAAUUCUCAGUUUGAAGGUUUCUCUUUUCUUUCAAAUGUGAGGGAAGAAUAUGAAAGACAUGGAAUAAAUCAUUUGAGAAAGACGCUUCUUUAUGAGUUAUUAAAUGAUAAAGCUAUUCUAAAGAUGGAUACUCCAUUUGUAACAUCACCUUAUAUUCUUGAUAAACUUCAUCGUAAAAAGGUGCUUUUGGUUUUGGAUGACGUGGAUAGUUCGAUCCACUUAGAUGCUUUAGUUGAAGGAUAUGAUCAACUUGCUCCAGGAAGUAGAAUCAUUGUUACAACUAGAAAUUGUCAAGUGCUCAAGAAAGUUGCUCAUAAUAUUUACAAGGUUGAGGGAUUAAGUGACAUUGAGUCUCUUGAGCUCUUCCAUUUACAUGCUUUUGGAAAAAAUUCUCUUCUGAUGGAUGAUGAAGUACUUUUAGAAAGGGUGGCAAGUUAUGCAGAUGGAAAUCCAUUAGCUCUUAAAGUCUUGGGUUCUUUCCUUAAUUCCAGAAGCAAAGAAGAGUGGGAAAGUGCAAUAAAUAAACUACAAAAAUUUCCAAACAAGGACAUUUUAAAUGUGUUGAGGAUUAGUUAUGAGGGACUAGAUGAUGAAGAAAUCCAAAAUAUAUUUCUUGACAUUGCAUGUGUAUUUAAUCAAUGUUUUUCUAGAGAUCAUGCCGAAAGAAUAUUAGGUUUCCAUGAUUCAUUUGUUAAAAUAGGAAUAAGUGUUCUUAUUGACAAGUGUUUAAUUGAAAAUAAUGUAUUUGAAGCACACAAUGAUCUACGGGUGCAUGAUUUAUUGCGCCAAAUGGGCCAGACCAUUGUUCGUGACGAACAUAAAGAACCUGGUAACCGUAGUAGGUUAUGGGAUGCUGAAGAUGUCGGUCGAAUUUUGGAAAAAAAUAAGGGAACUGGAAUGGUUGAAGCCAUAGCAUUCAAUAUGUCUGAAAUUAGCAGAGAUGUAAAAAUUACUCGUUCAGCUUUCUCAAAGAUGUGCAAUCUACGAGUUCUCAAAAUUUAUUUUGACGAUAUUUUUGACACCAAGUUCAAACUAUACCUUUCUCAAGGUCUUGAUUUUUCUUGUUCCGACACAUUAAGAUAUUUUCAAUGGGACUUAUACCCUUUGAAAAUGUUGCCAUCAAAUUUUAAUCCUGGAAAUCUUGUUGAACUGAUACUACGUGGCAGCCAUGUUCAAAAACUUUGGAGUCAUGAAGUUCAGUCUCUUCCAGUGUUAAGAAGGAUGGAUCUUAGUUAUUCCAAGCUCCUUACAGAAAUACCAGAUCUGUCUCAUGUGGCUCCGAACCUGGAAAGUUUAAAUCUUGAAGGUUGCACCAGUUUGGUUCAGGUUCUUCCAUUACUUGAAAAUCUUGAGAAGCUUAGUUAUCUAAAUUUGGAUGGUUGCUCCAAACUUGGAGAUUUGAAAGAGAUAUCAAGGAGCACAUGGUAUUGGGAUCUAGUAAAGAGUGGAGGCAUUAAGAAUUUUCUGAGCAAUAUUUGUCAGCAGAAGUUGAGAUUUCUCAAAAGUUUUACAGACAAUAUUUUGUCUGUCUCCUCACCUGGAGCCCACAUUUGCCAUAAGUUUCCGAUGAAUUUAACAAGUCUAAAUUUGUCUGGGACACCAAUAGAUGCACUGCCGUCAUCAAUUGGGAGUCUCUCUGGUCUUGUUGAAUUAGAUUUGUAUAAUUGCAAAGAACUUAAAAGUCUUCCAACCAGCAUUUACAAGCUGAAAUCUCUUGAAACACUAGAUUUGUCUGGUUGUGUAAAACUGGAAAAGUUUCCUGAAAUCCUAGAGCCUUCAGAACACUUAAAAAUUGAGUCUCUCUCAAACAAGUUGUGUGAUUUAACGAACCUUGAGUGUUUGUGGCUCGAAGGUUGUUCAUACCGCCUGCUUUGUUAAUGUUGGAGGUCCAAUAUUGUGAGAGCUUGAAAUCACUAGCGGAUCUUCCAUUAUUUUGUAGAAGUGUGAAUGCAAGGCAUUGCACAUCACUGGAGAAAAUAUCAGAUUGGCCUGCAUUCCAACACGAACUGAUAAGCUCUGGCUUUUACGACUUCCCUACGUUUAGUAGAUCUGUUGACUUUUUCGGCUGUGGAAAGUUGGAUCAGAAUACACGCAACACAAUCAUCACUGAUUAUGCAAUUUUUAAAAUGCUUGAACCUGACAAAUCAGAUUUCAAAUUUUAUUAUCCGGGUGAUGAAAUUCCAAAGUGGUUCAGCUAUCAAACUUCAGGGAGUUUACUGGAAAUUAAUAAGCUUCCUCCAUUAUCGAAGAAUGACAACUUCUUGGGUUUGGUUGUUAGCGUUGUUCUUGAUCUGAAUAAAAUUACACCUUCUGCAACUAUUUCAAUUAAUUUUAAACUCAAUUUUAUAACAAAUGAUGAUGAUUGUCCUCGUGAGUUCCGGUCAAGCCAGGGUUUUGAGGCAGACAGAGAAUGUUUAGAUCAACAAGUGAUGCGGUAUUUCCCAAAAGGGUUAUUGCGAAAUUCAAAUAAACUAUCUAACCUAAAUUGGCCCUCUAGUUGUAGCAGUGAGGCCUUUUUGCAUGUGUGGCCUUCUUUCUAUGACUUAGAACUUAGGGAAGAUGUCAUCUUGGAGAAUGAGUAUUGCAAGAUAAAGAAGUGUGGGGCUUGGUUGGUAAACAAGGAAGAUUUAGAGAGGCUUAAUGCAGAAACUAUUAAAAGUAAGAGAAAGAGACGAGGCUUUGAUGAUGAAUAUUGUGAAGCUAGUGUAAGUGAUCAAUUUGUAUCCUCUGGCUCUCGUCAGGAAGAAGGCGAUGAUGAAUCACAUCCUUCCAUUAGUUCAAAGAAUUCAGGCUUAUAUGAUGUCACUAGUGACUUACAAUUACAAACAAGGGUGUGAACUUGAGUUGGUGAAUGAUGAAGAUGCAGAGCACUUGGAUGCUAAAGACAGAGACAUAAUAUCCUAAGAUUACUUCGGUGAAAAUGAACAAUGUUCUAUGACUCCUUAGUUUCAGGUUACGAAGAAACUCUGUGAGCUAUGCAGGCACCACAACACUUAGAAAAGCCCUCUCUCUUUUUACAGCCGCUGUAUUGAAAUUGGUAUACCCUGUUUGUGUGCAUAUAUCCAUAUGAAUUUCUUUAAACAUUCUUAACUUAUCUUUCUUUGUGUCAUGUUAUAAAUGUACUUCAAAGGCUUUCCUCUAUUUCAAGAAAAAUAGAGUUAAAAGGAAAAAGGAACAGUAUUCUUGAUC